AUGGAAGACAAUUCUGAGAACGAAGUUCAAGUUCCUGGGACGUCAUCGCCAGUUAUACCGACUACCAUGUCAUCAUCACCUUUAAAACCACCUGAAACUGAUUCAAAAGUGGAUGCCUUCCGUGAUAAAUUCACAUAUAGACCAAGUGACCAUGCUAUUACUGGGGUUUUUACUAAGAAAGAGCCUACCUCUUUUGAUGAUCAAGUUCUGACGUUAGAAAAGGAAUUUCCCGAUUUUUCCAGGACAUUGAUCCAAGCUGUCUUUAAGUCAAAUUCCUUCAAUUUGGAGCACGCAAGAGCCAGGUUAGAGAGGAUCAAGUCUCAAAGAAAUAUAUGGUCAUCUACGUCACCUCAAAGAAGCUCAAGCAAUCAAAGUAACAGUUCCAAAAGACUAAAUUCCAUUCAAACCACCAAAAUUACAUUAAAUAAACCAAAUGAAUCAAUAUACCAUAGGUACUCAAACGUUAUGAAAGAAUCAAAGAAAGCCUAUGAUCCAAAAAACCUCGAGGCGAUUUCUUUACCAAAUUAUUUGCCAAUGAAACAACUCAAACACGAAUUACCAAAACCAACUUCUAAGAAGAGAAAAUUAGUUAGAGGUGAUAAGAUAACUGAAUUAGAUUCAAAACUAUUGAAAUUAAAAGCCAAAAAAUUGAUGGAAAAGGAAGAUGAGGAUAGUUAUGAUGAAAAUGAAGAUGAUAAGAAUGAGACAGAAGAUGAUAUCUCUGAUGAUUAUGAAGACGAAGAUCAACAUGCCAACGGUGUUGACAUUGAUACUCAAAUCUUAGAGUUUUUAAAUACUGCAGAUCCGCUGGAUAUUUCAGAUCUAGCAGAGACUACUUUUGAAAAGGCAAAAUUAAUAGUCUCAAAGAGACCCUUUAACAAUCUGGUAAUUUUCGCAGAUAUGGAUUUUACUACUCAUUCGAAAGAAGAUGAAGAGGAAGAGAAGUCCCAAAAUAAAAGAAAGAGGAGUCGUGGACAGAAGAAGGAAGGUGAGAGAUUCUUGGAGAAAAUUAAUCAAUCAAUAAGAGGUUACAAUGCAUUAGACUCCUUAUUGAAACAAUGUUCUUCAUAUGGUAAACUUAUUUCAUCACAAAUGUCUAGAUGGGGUGUCCAAUUGAAUAAUCAGGAAAGUAAUGAUGUUGUGAGUUUCAUGACUGUUGAUCAAGAUGAUGAUGACUCUGAAAAUGCCGUGGUAGAUGAAUUCGAUGAAACAGAAGUCAGUAAUACGCCAACACCUGACCCAACAUCAUUAGUUAAUAAAAUAAAGAAGACAACCAUUGGUGAUAGUGAUGAUGAAGAUUUUCAAGAAGAAGAGGAGGAAGAAGAAUUAGAAGAUGAUGAGGAUGAUGAAGAUUAUGAUGAAGAUGGAAGCAAUAAACGGAUAUCCGUCCCUGGUAAAAGAGGUCUGCGUAUUCAAAGAAAAGGUCUGAUCAAGUUUUUCAAAGGUAAGCCAAGAUUACUUAGCGGCGAAAUAGAGUUGAAAGAUUAUCAGCAAACCGGUAUAAAUUGGUUAAAUUUGUUAUAUCAUAACCAAAUGUCUUGUAUACUCGCUGAUGAUAUGGGUCUCGGUAAGACAUGCCAGGUGAUUUCCUUUUUAGCUUAUUUAAAACAAAUUAAUGAAUCAGGACCACAUCUUAUCGUGGUUCCAUCUUCCACUUUGGAAAACUGGCUAAGGGAGUUUAAGAAGUUCUGUCCAGCAUUAAGGAUUGAACCAUACUAUGGAUCUCAGAAUGAAAGAGCUGAAUUACGUGAAAUGUUAGAAGACAGCAAUAACUAUGAUGUAAUUGUGACAACUUACAAUCUGGCUGCUGGUAAUAAAUACGACGUCUCUUUUUUGAAGGGCCUCCAGUUCAAUGUUGUAGUAUACGAUGAAGGUCAUAUGUUAAAGAACUCAAUGAGCGAAAGAUUCAAUAAGUUAAUGAAAAUUAGAGGGUCAUUCAGGUUAUUACUUACUGGUACACCAUUGCAAAAUAAUUUAAAGGAGUUGAUGUCUCUGUUGGAGUUCAUUAUGCCUUCAUUGUUUGAAUCCAAGAAAGAAUCACUCGCCACUGUUUUCAAGCAACGUGCAAGAACCACCGAUGACAACAAGGACCACAAUCCAUUGUUAGUACAAGAAGCCAUUGAAAGGGCUAAGACCAUGAUGAAGCCAUUUAUUUUGAGAAGACGUAAGGAUCAAGUUCUAAAACAUCUACCUGCUAAGCAUUUGAAAAUUGAAAAAUGUGAAAUGAAGGAAACUCAAAAGGAAAUAUACCGUCGUGAAAUUCAACAUGUUAUUGAUCAUAAAGAAGGAAAGGAAACAUCCUCUUCUAAAAAUUUGAUUAUGGCUUUAAGAAAAGCUUCUAUACAUCCAUUAUUGUUCAGACAUAUUUAUGAUGACAAAGUCAUAGAUAAAAUGAGUACGGCAAUACUUUCGGAACCACAGUAUUCGGAAGACGGUAACAAACAAUAUAUAAUGGAGGAUAUGAGUUACAUGACAGAUUUUGAAUUGCAUCGACUAUGCCAAAAUUUCCCUCGCACUUUAUCAAAGUUUCAAUUAAGCAACGACGAAUGGAUGCAAUCAGGUAAAGUGGAUACAUUAAUCACCAUAUUAGACAAUAUCAUCAAUAAAAAGAAAGAGAAAGUCUUAAUCUUUUCAUUAUUUACGCAGGUGUUAGAUAUAUUGGAGAUGGUUUUGAGUACAUUGAGCUAUAAGUUUUUACGUUUGGACGGGUCCACACAAGUUAACGAGAGACAAAAUAUCAUUGAUAAGUUUUACGAAGAUCAAACCAUUCCAAUCUUCAUUUUAUCAACUAAAGCUGGUGGGUUUGGUAUCAAUUUAGUUUGUGCCAAUAACGUAGUUAUAUUUGAUCAAAGUUUUAAUCCUCAUGAUGACAGACAGGCUGCUGAUAGAUCACACCGUGUGGGACAGACCAAAGAGGUUACAAUAACCACAUUAAUCACGAAGGAUUCAAUUGAAGAGAAAAUACAUCAAUUGGCCAAAAACAAAUUAGCGUUGGACUUGAGUGUCAGUGAAGAUGACAAGAAGGCUGAGGAAAAUUUGGAAAACAAAGUAAGCGAUAUGCUAGAAGAUCUUGUCUUCCAAGAGCAACAAUCCAAAUAG